AUGGCGCGUCCGCCCGCGCGCAGUGGGCGGGGCCUCGGGCGGGCCGGCGUCACGUGCUCGCCGCCGCGGGUCGGCGCGCGCGGCCGCGGGCCUGUCGGGGGGAAGGGCCCGGGCCGCGGCUGGGGAAGCGCCGGGCUUCGCGGGGCGGCUCGCGGGGGUCCCCGCGCCAGGUGCACAGAAGAGCCUGUGGCCCUGGGUGGUGAGGGCAGCUCUCGUGCAGGAGGUUCAAGAGCCGGGCCCCUGCAACUCGGUGACUUCAAGAUGAUGACCCGGAGUAAGAGCUCCAUGCUGGCACAGGGGGCACCCUCAGUCCAGGUCGGCAGUGGGCAGGGCAGCCGCCCCCGAGGGCGGCCUCCCCGAAAGCUGCGGAAGAGGAAGGUCUCCGUCACCACCGAGCUGACCCUGUUUGAGAUGGUGGCACUGGGGAAGAACUCCAUGCAGACGGCUGUGGAGGAGUGGGUCCAGUCUUACAAGGAGGACCGGGCGCUGGCCUUGCUGGACCUCAUCAGCUUCUUCAUGCAGUGCUGCGGCUGUGAGGGGAUGGUGACGGCCGAGCUGUGCCAGAGCAGCCAGGGAGGGAGCGCGGCGCACACGGUGACCGAGAGGUUUGACCAGGAGACAGGGCUGUACUACAAGAAGUUUGUGGCCUCCCCUUGGAUCCUCACCGUCAUGUGGCCGGAGAAACCGGAGAAUGACUUCUAUCCCAUUGUGGGGCCAGGGCCCUUCUGGAAGCGGUUCCGGGCCAACUUCUGCGAGUUCACAGAGCUGCUGGUGCGCCAGAUGCACUGCUCGGCGCUGUGUGAUGGCCAACUCGUGGACACCGUGAUCUGCAUGCUCACCGGCCUCACCACCUCUGCCGUGCACAGCCUGAGGCACACCAGCUCACUGGCAGCCAUGAAGCUGCUGACAGCGCUCGCCAGCGUGAACCAGGGCACAUGCCCAGCCCAGCGGCUGUAUGACAUCAAGAGAGUGAGCCGGCUUAAGCGCAGGCGUGAGGCCUGUGGACAGUUGCUGGGCCAGCGGCAACAGCCCCAGCACAAACCAGAGGCCAUCGAUAACAUCAUCUGCUCACUUUUUAAAAGGACGUUUGUGCCUCGCUAUCGGGACGUGAGCUCGGACAUCCGAGUCAUCUGCGUGGCGGAGCUUGGCUGCUGGAUCCGGCUAUACCCAGACAUGUUCCUGGACAACAACUAUCUGAAGUACAUCGGCUGGAUGCUCUACGACAAGGACGCCAGCGUGCGGCUGAAGUGCAUCACGGCCCUGAAGGUGCUCUAUGAGAAGAGGGAGUCAGCCAUGAAGCUGGGCCUUUUCUUCCACAGAUUCAAGAAACGGAUCUUGUCGAUGACCCAGGACAGACAGCCGGAAAUCACCUCGGAAUGCAUGCAGCUCUUGGGGCUCAUUUCUGAGCACUAUGAGGGUGUCUUCUCCAACAAGGAGUACAUCUUCCUGUUCCAGUUUGUGUACGCUGCCUACAGGCCCCUUGCAACGGCUGCGGGGCAGCUUGUCUGCAAGAGUCUGUCCGUCUUCCCCAGGCUCCUGGCACUGCCACCCCAGGAGAGUUUCCUUAGUCUGGAGCUCCCAGACAAGUUCAACAGAAACUUCCAGAGCAUGAAGACACUGAUUGACUUCUACCUGCAGGGCGAGGUCGGUCUGCAGUGGGAUCUGGUUCCUGGUGAACAACUCAGUUUCCAUAGACAUGUCCCGUACCUGGUGGAUGGCCUGUGGGAUUCUGCGCCUUCCCUGGUCCAGAACUGGGAGUGUAUGACUGCCUUGCUGCUGGAGCCGCGUGGCGGGCGCCGAGCGCUGACGACCCAGCAGGAGCGAGUGCUCAUCGAGAUCCUCGUGGCCGCCGUGCGACAAGUCGCAGAGGGCCAUCCACCCACUGGCCGCCGCCUGGGCAAGAGAGCCUCCAGGGAGUUGGACAAAGCCCGCCGCUGGUGUGAUCAUGCUGACAUGAGCCAACACUUUGUCAAGGUGCUGCCCCAGCUGCUGUCCAAGUUUGCAGCCGACAAAGAGAAGGUGACCCACCUCCUGCAGAUCCCGCAGUACUGCAACCUGCACAUGUAUGGCACAGAUGGCCUGGACCCGCACCUGGAUGCCGCCCUGCUGGAGCUGGACUGCCUGGUGCAGCGGCACUCGGAUGUGGCGGUCCUGGAGGCCUGCGCCCAGGCCUACGGCAGCUACUGUGACGAGGGGGGCCCUGCCCACUGCCAGGCUGUCCCUGCCUGCAGCCGGCUGGUGGACAUGCUGGUGGACAUGCUGACCCCGCUGCUGGACACGUUCAUGCAACAGGAGAAACAAGGUCUGUUCCCCAGACAUGGAGAGGUGGUGCGGAUCUGCUCCACGCUGCGCAGACUGGCUGCCUUCUACAGCGCACACGACCUGAGCGGCUGGAACCUGUAUGAGAAGGUGGACUGCCUGCUGACCUUCCGGAGGCAGCAGGGCAGCCUGCCCACCGAGGUGGUCCACUGUGCACUCCAGUGCACCUACUAUGCGCUCUUGUGGCAGAUCGUUGCGGCCACAGACCAGCUGCCGCCCCAGGAGGUGCUCCUGGGCCUGCGGAGUAGGCUGAUGAAGUUCUGUCUGGUCUGCCGGGCAUACCUGGGCCACGAGAGCAAGGUGCUCAGCGAGAGGGCUUUCAUUCUGCUCUGUGACCUGCUGCUCAUCCUGAGCCACCAGGGCCCAGAGGAGCACACGGGUCUCGGUCUACUCUUCUUCGUCCCCAACCACGUCCUGCAGGGCAAGCUGAUCGCCUUUGUCAGGGAGCACGUGUUCCUGGAGGAGGCGGGGCCCCCAGGUUCCAGCAGGGUUUGCAAGGAUGACACCGACAAGCUGGAUAACCUGUUCAGGAGGAGAAACAUGCUGGCUGUGUUCUGUAAGCUGAUUGUCUACAACGUGCUGGAGAUGAACGCGGCGGCCGAGGUCUACCAGUUCUAUCUGAAGCAUUACCACCAUUUUGGUGACAUUAUUAAGGAGACGAUCACCAGGACGAGGCAGAAUGACAGACUCCGCAACGCCUUGUCCCUGCUUCUGUGCCUGCAGCAGCUGUUCCAGAAGCACGCGGAUACCUGCGGCCUGGGCUUCAGCCCCGUGGAGUUCAUAUGCGGCCCUUUAGCGUCCAUCCGCCUGCUCGCCCGCCGCCUGGCGCUCACGCUGGGCUUCGACCGUGCGCGUGACACCGCCCAUCUCAUCCACAGGCGCGGUCUGGCCUUCGCCUUCUCGGAGGCUCCGGAGCUGGAGCAGGGCCGUCUGCGCUUCCCCAACCUGGGCUUCCUGCUGCUGCUCGCCGAGUUCUCCUGCAAGAUCCCGCAGGCCGAGCGCGGGGCCGCACUUGCCCACUUCCGGGACUCCAUCCCCGAGGGCCUGCCCAUCUUCGGGGAGGGCGACGUGGACCCCCUGGUGGUCUACCGCAAGUCCUUGAUGAGGACGUAUGACGUCUUCCCCGGGGAGGAGGAGCCCGCCGCCAACCCGUUUGACGCCAUAUGCAAGCACAUCAAGUGUCCCCAAGAGCUGCCGACGGGGUCGUGCUCCGCUUGGACACCAGACACCUUGGCCAGCUCCACUGGGACAGACACAGAGCUGACAAACCGUUCCCGGGGCGGCAAGUCCAAGAGGGACAUCUUUGAUGCUGACUUCCUGUCGGACUCCGAGAGCUCCGAUGAAGAUAUCGACGUGGAGCAUGUGCCCCCCCCAGAGGGGGUGUCUGACUGAGCAGUUCCUAGCUCUGGUGCCCUGUGUGAGGAAUGCCUGUCACCAUGGUGUCCAAGCCAGCCGUCCCUGGGUGGGGGAACCAGUAGCCUCGAGUGCAGCUGACCAGGGCCCUAGAGGCCUCCAGGCUGUAGGGCACUGACCCUGCUGUCUGCACCCAUGGAUCUGACCCCUGUUCAUGGGGACAGGGCUUUGCAGCUGUGAAGUGGGGGCCUUUGGCGUGCCCACUUGCCCACCCAGGUGCCUUUCCCCCCAUGGCUUCCUUGCUGGACUCACCGAUGACCACUCUCCACUGGGAAGGAAAAUUCCAGAACCAGCUCUCCCCCAGCAGUGGGGUAGGGGGCUGGCUCCCUUGUCUCAUGACGGCCCCGGUCGU